GUCCUGCCUGGUCCCAGGUGCCUAGAGUGGCCAGGAGAGACGGUGCCAGAGGAGCUCAGUGGACAGCAGGCAGCCAUGGGGCUGCUCACCGGGGAUGCACUGUGGACCCUGGGUGUGGCCGUGGCCAUCUUCCUGCUCCUGGUGGACCUGAUGCACCGGCGCCAACGCUGGGCUGCUCGCUACCCACCAGGCCCCAUGCCACUGCCUGGGCUGGGCAACCUGCUGCAGAUUGACUUCCAGAACAUGACAAACUCCUUCCAAAAGCUGCGGUUCCGCUUUGGCGACGUGUUCAGCCUGCAGCUGGCCUGGAAGCCUGCCAUAGUGCUCAACGGGCUGGCAGCUGUGCGGGAGGCGCUGGUGAACCACAGCGAGGACACCUCGGACCGCCCGUGGAUGCCAAUCUAUGAGCACCUGGGCUGGGGACUGCGUUCUCAAGGGGUGAUCAUGGCAACCUAUGGUCCUUCCUGGCGUGAGCAGCGGCGCUUCUCCGUGUCCACCAUGCGCAACUUUGGCCUGGGCAAGAAGUCCCUGGAGCGGUGGGUGACCGAGGAGGCCAGCUGCCUCUGUACAGCCUUUGACAACGAAGCCGGACACCCCUUUAGCCCCAGAACCCUCCUGAACAAGGCAGUGUGCAACGUGAUCUCCUCCCUCAUCUAUGCCCACCGCUUCGAGUAUGAUGACCAGCGCUUGACCAAGAUACUGGACCUUCUGGAGGACCUGCUAAAGGAGGAAUCCGGCUUGGUGCCUAUGGUGCUGAAUGUGGUCCCAGUGCUCCUGCGCAUCCCAGGGCUGCCUGGCAGGGUCUUCCCUGCACAGAAGGCCUUCAUGGCCCUGUUGGACGAGCUGUUGACAGAGCACAGGAUGACCCGAGACCCAGCCCAGCCACCCCGAGACCUGACUGACGCCUUCCUGGCUGAGGUGGAGAAGGCCAAGGGGAACCCUGAGAGCAGCUUCAAUGAUGAGAACCUGCGCAUAGUGGUGGCUGACCUGUUCACGGCAGGGAUGGUGACCACCUCGACCACGCUGGCCUGGGCCCUCCUGCUCAUGAUCCUGCACCCGGAUGUGCAGCGCCGCGUCCAACAGGAGAUUGAUGAGGUGAUAGGGCAGGUGCGGCCGCCAGAGAUGGGGGACCAGGCCCGCAUGCCCUUCACCAUGGCCGUGAUUCACGAGGUGCAGCGUUUUGGGGACAUCGUCCCACUGGGUGUGCCCCACUUGACAACCCGGGACAUCGAAUUGCAGGGCUUCUUCAUCCCCAAGGGGACGACGCUCGUCACCAACCUGUCAUCUGUGCUGAAGGAUGAGACCGUCUGGGAGAGGCCCCUCCGCUUCCACCCUGGACACUUCCUGGAUGCCCAGGGCUGCUUUGUGAAGCGGGAGGCCUUCAUGCCUUUCUCAGCAGCGCUUCACCUUCUCGGUGCCCGCUGGACAGCCCCGGCCCAGCGACCAUGGAGUGUUUGGUGCCAUGGUGACCCCACCCCCCUACCAACUGUGUGCUGUGCCCCGCUAGAGGAGGCGGCAGACCCCCACCCUGCCCCCAGACGGGCUCUGACGUUCAAUAAAGCAGUGUUGUCCUGCCUCGCCCCUUGUUUCUGACUCGGCCCGGCUGUGGGGUCCUCAGCCCCGUGUCUGAGGCCAGCCCUCGCCCCUGCCCCAUCCUUCUGACUGGACUCCUGGAAUGCGCUGGAGAAACGGGCGUCCUGUGCUCAGCAGGUGGCAUUUUGCCCCAUGACACCCACAGAGACCCUUCGCCGGCUGCUGGGUUGAUGGCCAACUGCAAGA